AUGCUUGCUUCCCCAGCAUGCUUCGCCUUCAUCUUUCUCCUCUGCCAGCUCACAGGGCCAGCAGCCUCUGGAGUACUGAAGAAGCUAGUUGGUGCCCUUGGUGGGUCUGUGACUUUCCCACUGAAUCUCUCAGUAGAUCCAAUUGACAGCAUUAUCUGGGUCUUCAACACAACCACUCUCGUCACCAUACAGCCAAAGAUGGCAGACAAAAAAGCCCUUAUCAUAGUGACCCAACAUCGUAACAAGGAAAGGGUGAAUUUCCCACAUGAAGGCUACUCCCUGAGGCUCAGCAAACUGAAGAAGAAUGACUCAGGUGUCUACCGUGUGGAGAUACACAGCUCAACCCUCCAGGAUCCCCUCACCCAGGAGUAUGAGCUGCGUGUCUAUGAGCACCUGUCAAAGCCCAAAGUCAUCAUAGGUCUGCAGAACAAUAAGAAUGGCACAUGUGUAACCAAUCUGACAUGUUCCAUGGAACAGGGAGGAGAGGAUGUAACUUACAGCUGGAAGUCCCUGGGACAGGCGACCAAUGAGUCCCAUAGUGGCUCCAUCCUCCCCAUAUCCUGGAGGCAGGAGAAAAGGGACAUGACCUUCAUCUGCAUGGCCAGAAACCCCAUCAGCAGCAAUUCCUCAAACCCCAUCUUUGCGUGGAAACUCUGUGAAGGUGCUGCUGGUGGCCUGGCUACCUCUGUGAUCCUCAAACUCCUGUUGUCACUCAUCCUGCUCUGUUUCAUUGCACUGGUGCUAAUUAUUUUGAUCAUACAAAGAGAAAGAAGAAAAGAGUCCAUUGAAGAGAAGAAGGGACUGAACCUUCAUCCAGAAACUCUUAACUACUCCCCCGCUUUUGAAGAGACCUCGGAGUAUGACACAAUCUCUUACUUUAAUAGCACUAUACCAGAGGAAAAUGCAGUAAAUACACUUUAUUCCACUGUGAAAAUACCCCCAAAGGUGGAGAAAUCCCACUCACUGCCCACGUUGCCAGACACACCAAGGCAAUUUACCCAUGAGAAUGUCAUCUAA